CAAGAACAGAGACAAAGAGGAGGCAGUGUUGGAGGCAGUGGCAGAGGUCGUGGCAGAGGUCGUGGCAGAGGUCGUGGCAGGGGUCGUGGAAGAGGUCGAGGAAGAGGUCGAGGAUUAAGGCAUUUAAAUGAAGAGCCAGAUGCUGCUGAAAAUCAAGCCAAUCAUGAGCAGCAGUUGUUGAACCUAAUAGAAGGAAUGGAAGUAGAUGCUCUAAGAAGAUUAGCUUUGGAACUUCUAAGACGACAACCAGCAGCAUUUGCUGAUGUGGUUAACGGUGAAUUGGCAGGUGGAAAUCAACCACCAAGGCCAGAUCCAGACAACGAUGCACCCAAUUGGUGUAAUUGUGGACACUGCGUUGCUAUGCCAACCCAAGAGGAGAACAGAUGCUGUGCAACAGUUAGACGUCCAUGCAUCUCCAGAACAAAUAUUUUUCAACAGGUGGUCUUAAAUGGCAAUGUUCUGGAGAUUGCAAUGAGGUAUAGGGAGGAUGUUUUGGUUCUGAAUAAUGUCAGAAAUAAUCAGAGUUUCCGCCAUGCAGCAUACAGACAAUAUGUACUAUGGCAGCAUGGAAGAUUGGGACGAGGAAACAGAAGAGUUGUUCCAAGCUGCUGUGUAGUAGCAAUACGUGCUCGUUACCCCUCACCCAAUGGUAUUUACACUGGAUAUAGGCCUGCACCCUUAGAUAUAUAUGAAUUUUUGUAAUAUUGUAUUUUGUCUUAAGGCCAGUUUUUCACUAGCUAUUUUUUUGUAUGGCUUGAUAUUGUUUUUUGUCUUAGUCAAUUUAAUUUCAGUUGGCUCUAGCUUGAAAGUUUAAGAACAAUCUGCUAGUGGAAAACUGGCUUAACAGUAGACAAUUUGCAAUUGGCUUGCCUGAAUUAUGGUUUUAUUUGAUUCAGGGGUUGUAUAUUUUUCUAUGAUUCCCCCCC